CCUACCUAUUUACGCGACGCGUCGCUGUCAGGACCCGCGAGAAUGAGCUCGAGGAAGCAUCGCAGGAGUAGAUCCCGCUCUGAUUCUAGAAACAGAGACCGAAGUAGAGGCAGAAAUGUCCGGUCGAGGUCUCCCGAAGAGAGAUACGGUCGAAACCGCUCCCCUGUGAAAUUUUCUCGCAGACGCGGCCGGUCCGACAGCAGCGACUCCAGGAGCAGCGGAGAUUCCGCAGGCCCGAGCCGACGCAGAGGCGCAGAGUCCGGUCACUCCAGCGACUCAGACCGCGAGCAGAGAGGCAGAAGAGUGCGAUCACACGGACGAUCUAAAGACAGAGAUCGCUCUCCAGGUGACAGCCGCAAUGACAAGAAGAAACACAAGAAAAAGAAGAAACACAAGGAUGAAAGAAGCAACAGCAGGAGGAGGUCAUCCUCACGAUCCAGCAUAGAGUCAAGAGCGAGAGAUGGGAGGAGCAGUGAAAGAGAAAAGAGGAGACGACACAGCAGGAGCCCAAGCGGAGAGAGACGGAGGAGCAGAGAUAGAGGGAGAGACCGAGACAGACGGAGACGCUCGGAAUCCUCGAGUUCCUCCUGCUCCUCGGUCGAGUCUGACCAGGGCGGGAAAGCGACGAGAGACGCUACCGCCGUCAAAGAGGAGAAGAACAAACAGAAGGAGAUGAUGAAAGCGCUGGAGACUCCGGAGGAAAAGAGAGCCAGACGUCUAGCCAAGAAAGAGGCCAAAGAGAGGAAGAAGAGGGAGAAGAUGGGCUGGAGUGAGGAGUACAUGGGCUACACCAAUGCGGACAAUCCCUUCGGAGAUAACAACCUGCUCGGCACGUUUAAGUGGCAGAAGGCUCUGGAGAAGAAGGGCAUCGGACAUUUGUCAGAAAAAGAUCUCAAGGAGAGAAACAAACGCAUCCAGGAGGAAAACCGGAGAGAAUUGCAAAAGGUGAAGCAGCUGCGUCUGGAAAGAGAACGUGAGAAAUCCAUGCGAGAGACGGAGCUGGAGAUGUUACAGAGAGAGAAAGAGGCGGAGCAUUUCAAAACAUGGGCGGAGCAAGAAGACAACUUUCAUCUGCACCAGGCCAAACUAAGGUCUAAGAUCCGAAUUCGUGACGGUCGAGCGAAGCCCAUCGAUCUGCUGGCUAAGUACAUCAGUGCUGAAGAUGAUGAUCUGUCGGUGGAGAUGCACGAACCGUACACCUUCCUCAACGGCCUCACCGCCACAGACAUGGAAGAUCUGCUGGAGGACAUCAAGAUUUACAUGGAGCUGGAACAAGGCAAAAAUGUGGAUUUCUGGAGGGACAUGACCACCAUUACUGAAGACGAGAUCAGCAAACUGAGAAAACUGGAAGCGUCAGGAAAAGGGCCAGGUGACCGUCGUGAGGGCAUCAACACUUCGGUCAGUACAGACGUGCAGACCAUCUUUAAAGGCAAGACGUACAGUCAGCUUCAGGCUCUGUAUAUGAACAUAGAGAAUAAAAUCCAAGCAGGAGGUUCAAACCUGGACAUCGGAUACUGGGAGAGUCUCCUGCAGCAGGUGCGCGUCUACAUGGCACGAGCCAGGUUGAGAGAGCGCCACCAGGACGUGUUGAGACAGAAGCUGUUUAAACUGAAACGGGAACAGGGCGUGGAGAGCGAGCCGCUAUUCCCCAUCAUUAAAGAAGAGUCUGAGAACGAGCGACCAAUUAGCUCCGGAAGGGCGGAGUCUUCAGACGAGGAGGCGGGCAGCUCACGGCAAGGUGUCAGUCGGACGACAGAAGAUGCAGAGAGGGCUGAUAAAGGGGAGGGGAAAAAGCCGAAAAACACGGUGGGAGAAGAGGGUGAGCGGUCUGAAGAGAAGAAGAAAGACGGUGAAGAUGGAGGAGAGGAGAAAGAGGAAGCACCAGAGGCCGUCUUAACAGAAGAAGAUUUGAUCCAGCAGAGUCAGGCGGAGUACGACUCGGGACGUUACAGUCCAACCCUCCUGCAACCCUCUGAACUUCCUCUGGACACUCACAUCAUCGAUGUAGAAGAAGACAUGCAGAGACUCGUGCUGGCCCGGAGACAGCUGGCGGUCACGGGUGACGCAAACGAAAGUGCAGAGGAUGCGUUUGUGCGGCGCGCUAAAGAAGGCAUGAGCAGCGACGAGGCCCAGUUCAGCGUUGAAAUGCCGUUGACUGGAAAAAUGUACCUGUGGGCCGACAAAUACCGUCCCCGCAAACCUCGCUUCUUCAACCGCGUUCACACCGGCUUCGAGUGGAACAAAUACAACCAGACGCAUUACGACUUCGACAACCCGCCGCCCAAAAUCGUCCAGGGCUACAAGUUCAACAUCUUCUACCCCGAUCUCAUCGACAAGCGCUCGACGCCGCAGUACUUUUUGGAGCCCUGCCCUGACAACAAAGACUUUGGGAUUCUGCGUUUUCACGCCGGACCGCCGUACGAGGACAUCGCGUUUAAGAUCGUUAAUCGCGAAUGGGAGUAUUCGCAUCGUCAUGGUUUCCGAUGCCAAUUCGCCAAUGGGAUCUUUCAGUUGUGGUUCCACUUCAAGAGAUAUCGCUAUAGAAGAUAAACAGUUGAACUGUACAUUUAUGAAAAGUGAAUUUGAUAGGUGUUGAAUGUCUUUGCAUCUUAAUACAUAAAUGUGUACUGAGAUGACAGAACAUUUCUUUAUUGAUGUCACUUGUAUUCCUGUUAGUGGAAAAAAACUUUUUAAUGGGUUAAACUUCUAUAUUGGAGACAUUAGAUACCUGUUAUAAAAAUAUUGUUUUGUACAUUUUCCAUGAGGAAGGCACAAAGCUUGCUGUAUUAACCCUUUGUUUUUAUUUUGGUUGCUUGUAUUUGUCUAUAAAAUGUUCUUUUUUUAAAUGAUUAAUAAACAUUAUUUCCAAUA